AUGUCGUGGCUCGGCAGAGGGUCGGCGUCGGUCGUGGUGGUGCUGCUGCUGUAUGCGGUCGGCGCGCUCUCGCUGGACGUGGUCGUGCCGGUGUGGAAAGGGAGUGUGGCGCAGGUCGGCGUGCGCGUGCUUGUCGCGGUCGCGCUCGGCGGAAUGAGCGCGUGGUCGUACCUCGUCACCGGCCUGCGGACGUCGCAGCGGCGGGGCGAGGUCGAGGCGCCGAAUGCCUACCGCACGGUGAAGCGGUCGACCGGCACGCGGCGCUGGUGCAGCAAGUGCAAUGCGCCCAAGCCGGACCGGUGCCACCACUGCCGCAAAUGCGGGACGUGCAUUCUGCGGAUGGACCACCACUGCCCGUGGAUUAUGGACUCGUGCAUCGGGCUGCGCAACUACCAUGCGUUCCUCUUGUUUCUGUGGUACACAACGGGGCUGUCGGUCUAUACGCUCUAUACGCUCGUGUCCGCGUUUGUGCGCCUGCUCGAGAGGGACGACGAGGACAUUGCGCUGCCCAUCUCGUGGAUCCUCCUCGCGGCGCUUGCGCUGAUCGUCGGCAUGGCGCUGCUGCCCUUCUUCAUCUUUCACGUAUACCUCACGAGCGUGAACAAGACCACGCUCGAGUACAUGGAAGGCAUGGAGCGCGUCGGCGAAGAAAACCAGGCACGCGACAGCGCGCCGCCGAGCUCGCGGCAGCGCCUCGCGAACCUGCUUACGCGCGAGGCGGACGACGAGGCGCACGAGGCGCUCCUGCCGACGACGAGCGCGUCGCAGCUUACGCCUGCACAGGGGCAGGCGCUGCGAAAGGCGGCGUCGCGGCAUAACCUGUACCACGUCGGCAUCGCCGCCAACUGGCGCCAGGUGCUCGGGCGGAGCGCGUGGCUGUGGUGGGCGCCGGUCGAGACGCCGGUGUGCGACGGGGUACACUAUCGUGUGAACAACGAGUCGUGGGUCGCGCUGCAAGGCGCCUUGCGGGCGGCGUAG